UGAUUCAUGAUGAUCGUUUUAUGUUCGAAAAUUUGUUCGAAAUUUUAGACUUUGUGUUCACGUGGUAUUUUUUUUUUUUUUUUUUUGCAAUUUAUAAACCCUUGAACACCCAUGUUUAACACUGGUCAAUGAAUGUCUGAUCUUGAUUGAGUUGAAAUCUGCAAAUAAGUCUCGUUUUGUUCUGGUAACAACUUGAAUUAUUGAAAAAUGGAUGAUCGACAAUCAAGAAUUGCGAAAUAUUAUUCAUCAUCAUUGGAUCAAUGGAAUCGAAGACUAUUCGAUAGAUUAACGAAUCGAAAUUUUCGUCAAUCAGUACGUUAUGUGAUCUUUAUGGAUUUGAAUGAUUCAUUUAUAAUAAUCACAAAAAAUUGGCGUACAUAUGUUUAUGGACCACAAGUAUGUUCAUGGCUUGGUUUAGAACACGACAGUUCAGAUGUGAACGAAAUUGAAGAAUUGAGAUAUACAGAACUAAAGCAGGUCGAUUAUGGAUAUAAAUUUUUUGUUGUAUUGACCGAAGAUGGAUCCGUAUAUAUGGCUAGUCGUAAAUUCUCCGAUUGGAAAACUUACCGACAAUUGAAACCGUUAUAUGAUUUGGAUGAAAAUUAUCGUAUGAUUAGCUGUGUAUGUGGUUAUGACCAUAUCUUAUUAUUACGUGAAGAUGGUAAAUUAUUCACCAUGGGUGAUAAUUCUUUGGGUCAAUUGGGUCGUAACAAUGAUUCAUCAUCAUCAUUUACCUCUAUGAUUGAUACUGGCUUGUCAGAUGUGGAGAGAAUCGCUUGUGGUUCUAAUUUUUCCAUAGCCAUGACAGAUAAUGGAGUGUAUUCUUGGGGCGCAAAUGAUUAUGGACAAUUGGGCAUCAAUAGCGAGUCAAAACAAAAUACCCCUAAAAAAAUCAGAUUUAAUAGAAACAUUUAUGAACAUGAAAUUGUUGAUAUCGUUACUGGUGACUCACAUACAAUGUUUCUAUUUGACAAUGGUGACGUUUAUGAAUGUGGAAAUCCUGAUUGUUUUCUAAAGAACAAGACUUUCCCUAAACGAAUGCAUAUCAAUAACAUUGAUGCCAUUGCUUGUGAAAAAUUUGCUGAUUUUGCAAUACUUUUCGGAACAAACGAUCAAUGCUAUGUUCUUGGACGUAAAUAUUCAUCGAAGUUUAUUGUACCAACAGAGAUCCAUGGAGUAAAAACAUUCAGUGAUGCAUUUGAAAGAUACGAAACAAAACCAUAUUCAUUCAUUCCAGCUUUUUUGAAUAUUUCACCACGACAAUUGCACAUGACUGGAUUGGCAGUAUCAGUAAUAGCAAAAACACCAACGACAAGCAUUUCCAGGAAUAAUGACCGUUCACUAUGUUCAAUAUGUUUGGAUAGAGAAAAACAGAUGGUCAUUUUUCCUUGUCUUCAUCUAACUUCAUGUGAACAAUGCUCAAAACAGAUGAAAAACUGUCCAAUAUGUCGAAUUGAUAUCAAUAGCAGUUUGCGUGUUUAUAUUGCUUAAUAUGUGUUUACAUUUCAGUGAAAUUGAAUUCUUUGUCUUUGAAAUUAGAAAAAUUUUCUUAUUCAUUAAUGAGUAUUAUCAUCAUCAUCAUCAUUCAAAUAAAAUGAAAAUUCUUUUUUUUAAAGUUACAAUCACUGCUCCUAGAUGGUGUUUGGAACAAAAAGAUGAUUGAAAAUUUACUCGGGAGAUGAUAGAAAAACGGAUUUCUAUAUGAACGUUACAGGAAAUUAGGCUGCAGUGUUUGUGUUUUGUUUUUCGUUUUUCCUAUAUGAGUGUUCAACAACGUUGCACAAGAGUCUUUUUUUUCUUGUAACAAUUUAAUUAAAUAAAAUUUGUCAAAAAAUGGA